CACACCUCACUACUCUCUGCCUUCUCUUCCUCUAGCACUCUAGCACACGCACAUGAACUCGAGGGUGGCGAUGGCUGCGUGGUGGCUUUGUGGGUUCCUCCCACUCCUGGCGGUGGCCGCGGCCGCCGGGGAGCCGCUGAUCUGGCUGCCGGCGGAGAAUGGGCAUGCCCCUGCCCCUGCGCCUGGCCCGUCAGCGCCGGCUGAAGAGGUGACGAAGUGGGCCGUGCUCGUCGCCGGCUCCUCCGGCUACGAGAACUAUCGGCACCAGGCCGAUGUGUGCCACGCGUACCAGAUCCUGAAGAAGGGAGGCCUCAAGGAUGAGAACAUUGUGGUGUUCAUGUACGAUGAUAUCGCCAACAGCCCUGACAACCCAAGGCCUGGAAUCGUCAUCAACCAUCCCAAAGGCAAAGAUGUUUACCAUGGUGUUCCCAAGGACUACACCGGUGACCAGGUCACUGCUAAGAACUUCUACUCGGUUCUCUUGGGGAACAAAACUGCGGUUACCGGAGGGAGUAGGAAGGUGGUGAACAGCAAACCAAAUGAUCACAUCUUCAUCUACUACACGGAUCAUGGGGCUGCUGGUUUACUUUGUAUGCCCAACCCACCAGAUGUUUAUGCUGACGACUUCAUCAAAGUGUUACGGCAAAAGCAUGCUUCCAAAAGCUAUUCGAAAAUGAUCAUAUAUGUUGAAGCGUGUGAAAGUGGCAGCAUCUUUGAGGGUUUGAUGCCACAAGAUCAUAAUAUUUAUGUUACAACGGCAGCAAAUGCGCAAGAAAAUAGCUGGGCAGCAUACUGCCCUACUAUGGAAAUUCCACCUCCUCCUGAAUAUGAUACCUGUUUAGGUGAUGCAUACAGUGUUUCUUGGAUGGAAGACAGUGAAACUCAAGAUCUAAAGAAGGAAAGCAUCAAGCAGCAGUACGAGGUGGUUAAAGAGAGAACGGCACCCCUCUCUCAUGUCAUGGAGUAUGGUGACAAGACAUUCAAGGAGGACAUGCUUUUCCUCUUUCAAGGUUUCGAUCCUGCAAAGUCAAGCAUCAGAAACAGGCCGCUGCCUAUGCCCAGCCUCAAGGGUGCAAUCAAUCAACGAGAUGCCGAUAUUCUCUUCAUGUGGAGGAAGUAUGAGAAGUUAAAUGGGGGGUCGGAAGAGAAGCAGAGGGCUCUCAGGGAGAUCAAAGAAACUGUGCUACACAGGAAGCAUCUGGACAGCAGUAUCGAUUUCAUCGGGAAGCUUGUCUUUGGAAUGGACAAGGGGCCUUCGAUGCUCGAGGCUGCUAGAGGCUCUGGCCAGCCACUGGUAGACGAUUGGGAUUGUCUGAAGAGGAUGGUUCGAGUGUUCGAGUCCCAGUGCGGAUCACUCACUCAGUACGGCAUGAGGCACAUGAGGGCGUUCGCAAACAUCUGCAACAAUGGCGUCUCCGAGGCCGAGAUGAAGGAGGCGAGCAUCAGCGCUUGCGACGGCUACGACAUGGGGAAGUGGAACCCUCUGGUUCUAGGGCACAGCGCCUGAUCCGCUGCACUGCAGUACAUGGGAGCAGUACCAAAUGCUCCAGAGGCUCCUAGCUAGGCCUCAUAUAUGGUGUACAUACAUACACUGGUAUAGAUACCUCUACAAGAAAGCACCCAACAAUGACGCCCCAUGUGUAUUGGGUUAAUCAGUAGCUUAUGAUCGUGGUCGUGCCUUUGUAAACUAAGUUUGACUGCAAUCAAUUGAAAGGCAAUGAUUUUUAUGUAGCAAGAGCAUGUGAAUGUCUAUGCAUGAGUCAUCUUUUCUUUUGUGAGAAGAGUGUUGUGAUAAUGGUUGACAGCGCCUUCUGAUAGUUGCAACCCACUACCUAUAUUUUCUUCUCAUGCAACCAUGCCAUAUUAUCAAGUCAUGUAUUUAGUUAUAAAUAUUUAUUUUUACUCAUGUAACCAUGCCACAUCAUCAAGUUAUGCAUGUGGUCAUAAGUAAUAAUGUGUGCACUAAUCUACAUAUUGUUUCACUAA